AUGAUUGAACAAAAAUGGACACAUAUAACACUUGUUUGGGCUAAAGGAAUGCUUAAAAAUAGUGCUGUUACAUUAUAUAUCAAUGGAAAACAAAUAGCUGUACAAAAACUUCAUUAUAUAAAUAAUAUGACUGUUCCACCUGGAAAUAGUAUUUCAACAUUUGCAUAUAUUGGUUCAUUACCAAUUCAACGUGUACAUUCAGGUGUACAAUGGCGUCAAGGUCCAUGUUUUCUUGUUGAUGAUAUUCUUUCAUCACAAAUUAUUCUCGCUAUGUAUGUAGCUGGUCCAAAUUAUAUUGGUUCAUUUCAAGCUGUUUGUGUUGAUCCAAUAAAUGAUAUAUUUGCACCAUUAUAUCCUGAAGACAGAAUCAUAUUUGGUUUACAUCCAGCUAGUUUUUUUGAAACAACUUUAUCACAAUUUAAAAAACUUUAUAGUAAAAAUGAUGCAAAAUUAAUUGCUAAACAGUUGAAUAUGCCAACAAAUGAAUCGACAGUACCUAUUCGAAUUUUAUAUAACAUUGCAGCACCAUAUAGUGGUCCUGCUCGGACAAUUGGUGGUGUAGUCAUUGGUUAUUUAGGUGUUCGUAUAUUUGUUCCGAAUCCAGUAUCAAAAACUAUUGAAUAUAUUGGUGGUCCAAAUGUAAUCCUUGGUUUAAUAGCAAUGUCAAAUGAUAUUGAAUCAUUUUGUGCAUCAGUUAAAGCAUUUGUUUGUAUACUUAAAUCAAAUAAACAAAUUCAAAAUGAAUUAUUAAGAACAAGAGCAUAUCAAAUUCUUGGUCUUUUAUUUCUUAAAAAACGUCAUCUAAUCAAUAGUCAUAUAUUACAUUUAACAUGUACACUUGUUGGUACAAUUGAUACUGUACGUGAAUCAACAGCUAUAAUAAAUCCAGCUGCUUUUGAACAUUUAUUAUGUGAAUUUGAAAUUUGGAAAGGUGCUAAUGUUGAUAUACAAAAAUCUUUAUUUGAUCAUUUACUUGAUGUAUUUUUAACAAGUGAUACACAAAAUUUAAUGAUGAAUCAAAAAUUAUCACAAAAAAUUAAUUUAAUGUCACGUUUAUUACAUUUACUUAAAGAUGGUUCAUUAUAUGAAUCAACACGUUUAAUUGUUAUAGGUCUUAUUCGUGUAUUACUUGUUACAUAUAAAAGUACAAAUGAUAUAUUAAAACUUGGUCAAUUUCUUGUUUAUCUUCUACCAUCAAGUUCAAUAUCAGAAAAAAAUCUUAAUAUUUAUGGACCUGUUGAUGAUUUAUCAAUCGGUAUACAAAAUAUAAUUUUACGUAAUUUUCUUUUGGAAAUGUUAGCUCGAACAAUAAGUGAAGAAAAACGUUCACAAACAAAUUUAACUGACGAAUUUCUUACACAUCUUGGUUAUGAUUGGGUUCUUCUUUUUCUACAAUCACAUCUUCAUCCACGUACAAUUAUUUUAACAACAAAAUUACUUAUUGCUUUUCUUUUAUCAUCAUCAAAUGCACUUACACGUUUUCGUGAUAAUGCUAUGCUACUUAUAAAUCCAUCAACAACAAAUAAUUCUUCAACAUCAUCAACAACAACAACAACAACUGGAUUUACAAUAUCAUCACCAACAUCAAAUACAACUAUUACAACACCAUUAUCACCAUUAUCAUCAAUUAAUGAUAGUUGGAUUAAUGUAUUUAAUGAUCGACCAGCAACAAAACCAACGUUUGCAUUAAGUAUUGAUCCAACAUUAGCACUUGGGAAUAAUACAAAUGUAUCUAUACCUUUACCUGGUUUUGUUCUUUUACAAUAUAUAUAUGCACAACUAUCAGAAGUUAUACCAAUUUAUUAUCAAUUAACAGCACUUCUUUUUCGAUUAAUGCCAUCGGAUGAAAUGAUGGAACUAACAGAGCUUCGUGUUGAAAAAUUAUUAAAAUUUAUAAAUAUUUAUACUCCCCUUGCUGCUACUCUUUCGACUGCAAGUUCAUCAGUAUCAAAACAACAAUCAACAGCUCAACCGCAACAACAAUAUGAAUUAGAUGCUUGUCCUAUUCUUCUUGCAAUGAUUCGAAAUUUAGCUUCACAAGAAAAUGAACAAGCUGAACAAAAUGGUUUAGCUGUAUUAAAAUUUUUUCAUCAAUUAUAUCGUCGAAAAAGUGAAUUUUAUAAUUAUGCUCAAACUGUUGAAUAUCUUUCAUUUCUAUGUGGCGUUGUUUUUCCUCCAAUAAUUCAAAAUCAAAUGUCUUUCGAUUCACCAAGUACAAUUACUCGUCAGAAAAAUGUCAAUAAUGAAGAAUCUGCUUCACCAACUAUUCAUCUCGAUUCUCUGUUUGCUACAUUUACAUCAAAUAUAACAUUACGUGGAACAGUAGUUGAUAUCGUACGAGAUAUAAUUGUCGAUAGUCUCUAUUCAAAUACAGCACGUAUACCAAAUGCGAUUGAUUAUUUUCUUUCUGCUCUUCCAGAUAAUAUGAAUUCUGAUUUAACAUAUCAAAUAUUUGUUCAAUGUGUAUUUAAAUCAAUAAUAGAACAUUUAGAAACAUCAGAAUUAUGUCCAUUAAGUUUAAGUGAAGAACAAACAAAUGCACUUCAUUUUGGUCUUAGUGAUGAACCAGGACGACCAGCAUAUUCACGUACAAUUUCAAGUAUGUCAUCGAACUCAUCAUCAACAAAUUUUAAUGUAUCAUCAUAUAAAUUAUUACUUGAAAAUGUUACACAUUUUAUUGAACGUAUGGUUGAUAAAAUCUGGGAUAUUGAUUAUCGUGAACCAAAACAUAUAUUUGAAUUUGUUAUAAAAGUAAUUAAUCAAGCUAAAAAACGAGGUACAAAUACAUUUAUGGAGUCGCUUUUUCGUUCAUUAAAUCGAACAAUAUUAUUUGAAUUAUCAAGAAAAAUUGAUUCAUUUGGAGAUCAAAUGACUGCACUUGAUGCAUUACAUCGUUUAGCUAAUAAUCGACAAUUAAUUUUUUCGGAUUCAAAUCAAGAUGCUGAAUUUUUUGGUUGUCUUUGUUAUUGUUUAAUUAUUUUAAUCGAUGAAACAGGAACAAAACAAUUCAGUGAUGAUUCAAGUUCACGAUCAACUUGGUAUCAUCGUCUUGAUAGUCCAGCAUCACCUUUGCAACCAAAUAAAGGUUUAAUAAUUAAUGCUGCACAACGUAUUUGGUCAGAAUUAUAUAUGAAAAAGAAACCAGCAUUAGAAGAAAUACUUAAAAUGAAUUUUUCACUAUUAGUUACACAAAAUAAAACAACAUUAGUUGAUGUUAGUGAAUAUUUAUUUGAAUCAGCAUCAAAAGUUUGGACAAGAUUUGUCGAAGGAGAAUUAAGAAUAACAGAUAAGAUUCAACAACAAAUUAUGCAUGUUGGUUCGCGUAUACAGCGAUUGACUGGUGGUGUAACAGUGGGUUUUCGAUCAAGUCUUCAUCAACUUCGAGGAACAAAAGUAAAACGUGAACAAAUUAAAUUAGAUCGAGCAACCAUUCAUAGUGCUUUGGCUUUAAUGUCUGUUAAUGUUUCCAGUGUGAAAGAAAAUGUUGACAAUGAAUAUCGUCGAUUAGCACAAAAUUGUGAACAAAAAUUUAGUUAUCUAUAUGAAGAAUGGUUAGCUAUCGAACGUGAUUUAUUACGUGAACGUGGUUUAUGGGGUUUUGAUGAACCUGAUCCAUUAGCUAAAUAUAAACUUGAUUUUAUCGAAGGACCAUGUCGUAUGCGUAAACGAAUGGUACUUAAUGAAGAUUUCUAUAAACAUUAUCCAUAUCGUAUUCCAAUUGAACAUACGAAACGAAAGUUUAAUCCACCAAUAUCAUUGGAUUCCAAACAAUAUUCUGAUCGACAAUUUCAACUUGUCGAUCGUUUACUAAUCAUAAAUCUGCCAUCCAUUGAUAAUUCUCUAAUACCUUCAACACCAAUAGUAAAAGAAACAAAUGAAACACAAUCGCAAACAUCACCACCUACGAUUUCAAUUACAUCAAAAGACACUAAUGAAUCACCAACAGAACAAAUCGUUCGACAAGAUAGUGAAAUAUGGACAAAUGAAGAAGAAAAAGAAUUACUUGCACCAACUUUAUUAUCAGUACGAAAGAGAACAUUAUCAAAUGAUAUGUUACUAACAGACGAAUCAAUUAUUGGUGAUGAUGAUGAAGAAGAUCCAAUGGCUGCUAAUUUAGAACCAGAUGAAGUAGAAACAGAAGCUGAAACUCAACAAGCACCAACAACAUCAAAUGAAACACUUGAAAUGGGACAAACUAAUCAAAAUGUUUUACGAUUACUUGAAGAAGAUGAAAAAAUUUCAUUAGCAUUUCGUUGUGCACGUAUUGAAGGACUUGAUGGUAGUGAAGGAAUAUUAAUAUUUGGUCGUGAACAUUUCUAUAUUCUCGAAGGAUAUACAUAUAAUACAGAAAAAAAUGAAAUUGUUGAUUUAGAUAAAUGUCGUAAUGAAUAUAUACCAUUGAUACCUAAAUCAUCAACAAUAACAAAUGCCGAUACACAACAAUAUAGAAAAGAAUGUUCAAAAUUUGCCUAUGAAGAUAUUAAAGAAGUUCAUAAACGUCGACAUAUUUUACAACCUAUUGCUUUGGAAUUAUUUGCUGCUGAUGGUCGAAAUUAUUUACUUGUAUUUGUUCGUAAAGAACGUAAUAAAGUUUAUCAACGUUUACUUAGUUCAGCAACAGAAUUAACUGAUUCUGCUAUUCAUUCUGUAUCUGGUCAACGACGAAGUAUCAAUAUAGAACAGGGAACGAGUUUUAUUGGAACACUUAUGGGUGAACGUUCCGUUACACAACGAUGGGAAAAAGGUGACAUUAGUAAUUUUCAAUAUUUAAUGUAUUUAAAUACACUUGCUGGACGAUCUUAUAAUGAUUUAAUGCAGUAUCCAGUACUUCCAUGGAUUCUAGCUGAUUAUGAUAGUAAAGAAUUAAAUUUAACAAAUCCAAUUACUUUUCGUGAUUUAUCAAAACCAAUGGGUGCUCAAACAAUUGACCGUCUUGUACAAUUUCAAAAACGUUUUGCUGAAUGGGAUGAUCCAACAGGUUCAACACCAGCUUAUCACUAUGGUACACAUUAUUCAUCAGCAAUGAUUGUUGCAUCGUAUCUUGUUCGAACUGAACCAUUUACUCAAGUUUUUCUUCGUUUACAAGGUGGUCAUUUUGAUCUUGCUGAUCGAAUGUUUCAUAGUAUUAAAGAUUCAUGGUUAUCAGCUAGUAAAAAUAAUAUGGCUGAUGUCAAAGAACUUAUUCCAGAAUUUUUUUAUUUACCGGAUUUUUUACUUAAUACAAAUAAAUUUGAUCUUGGUAAAAAACAAAGUGGUUUAGCUUUAAAUGAUGUUAUAUUACCACCAUGGUCAAAAAAUGAUCCUCGCGAGUUUAUACGCAUUCAUCGAAUGGCAUUAGAAAGUGAUUAUGUAUCGACACAUUUAAAUGAAUGGAUUGAUCUUAUAUUUGGAUAUAAACAAGAAGGACCAGCAGCUAUUGAAGCAACAAAUGUAUUUCAUCAUUUAUUUUAUGAAGGUGCUGUUAAUGUUGAUGAUAUUAGUGAUCCUCUUGAACGAUCAGCUAUCAUUGGUUUUAUAAAUAAUUUUGGACAAAUUCCUAAACAACUUUUUAAACGACCACAUCCACAAAAAAAAUUAAGUCGAUCUUUAAUGGAUUCAAUUGGCAUAGAACGAAGUUUAUUUUUUAAUCAUGUUAAUAGUCUACGACCAUCAAGAAUGCCUAUUAAGGAAUUAAAAUCUGCAGUUGGGAUUAUUUUUCCAACAGAAAAAUCCUUAAUCGCACUUGAACAAUGUAAAGCAAUUAUACCACCAAAUUAUACACGUUGUAUACAAUAUGGAUUUCCUGAUGAAAGUUUACGAAUUAUGUCUGUUGAUUCUGAUAAAAGUUCAAUGAUUUAUGAAUUAGUACAAGAUGGAAAAAUUACAAAUGUUUUAUGUCCAACAUCACAAUAUGUUAUAACAGCAGGUACUAAUACAUUAAUUAAUGUAUGGGAAAUUGGUAAAGGUCGUCAUAAACGUUUACAUCUUAAAACUCGUCUUACUGGUCAUAAUGAUACAAUAACAUAUUUAACAGCAUCACAAGCAUAUCGAAUAUUAAUAUCUGGUUCUGAUGAUCAAACAUGUAUUGUUUGGGAUUUAAAUCGUUUACAUUUUAUUCGACAAUUACCAAAUCAUGCGGGACCAAUAUCAUGUAUAUGUGUUAAUGAAUUAACAGGUGAUAUUGCAAGUGCAGCUGGAAGUUAUCUUUAUGUAUGGACUAUAAAUGGACAAUUACUUGCAUCAAUUAAUACAAUGGCUUAUAGUAGACAACAAUCUAUACUUUGUAUUGCUAUAUCUCAAAUGAAUGAAUGGGAUGAUGAAAAUGUGAUUAUAACUGGUAGUUCAGAUGGUGUUGUUCGUAUGUGGACUAUUGGCUAUGAUCAAGUACUUGAUCGACCACCACCAUCAUCACCUUCAAUGUUAACAAUAGGUGAAGAUCGAACUCGUUUACCAUCAAUAUCUCAACCAACACCAAUAAAAUUACAUUCAACUAGAGGUCAAAUAUCAAUUGAUAGUGAUGCUGAAUCCGAUGAAGGAGAAGGAAAAACGCAUGUAACACGUAUUCAAACAUGUUUGUCGUCACAAGGUGAUCGAUCAUUUGAUGAUGAUGCAGAUUUAAAUACAAAUAAAGAUACACUUGAUGUACCAUCUGUACCAUCAUUAAAUAGUCCAACUGGUAGUGAUAAAUUUAUUGUUGUUACAGAUGUUGAAAUACUUGAAGCAAAAACUAGUAGUAAUAAUAAUGAAACUCAUAUAAAAUCAACUUAUCUUGAUUUAAAAGAAGGUUUUAAAUGGGACCGUCGAAUAAAUUAUCGUGGUAAAUUAACAAUGCAUACAGCUUAUGAACGAAAAGAAAAUUCAAGUCCAGCAGCUGUUACAGCAAUUGGUAUUUCAAAAGAUCAUAAAACUUUGUUUGUGGGUGAUGCACGUGGUCGAAUAUUUAGUUGGACUGUUAGUGAUAAUCCAGGUCGAACAAAUGCUGAUCAUUGGAUUAAAGAUGAAACAGUAGAUGCAUGUAAAGAUUGUUCAAUUCGAUUUUCAUUUGCUGAACGAAGACAUCAUUGCAGAAAUUGUGGACAAUUAUUCUGUGCUAGAUGUAGUCGUUUUGAAACCGAUAUACCUCGUAUGAAAAUAUAUAAAAAUGUACGUGUUUGCCGUCAAUGUUAUUUAUCAAUUAAAGAACAAAAAUCAUUAACUACAAAUAACACUUGA